GCGACGGUCGCGAUCUUUUCCGAAAGUGCAAUAUUUUGAAACGUUCGAAUUUCAAAUACUUUUUUUUCUGUGUGAGUGUUUCUGUUUCUUGGUUGCCAGUGUUUCGUGUUUUGUACUUGGAUUUGUUUUCGUGUUAAGUUUUGGACGUCCGCAGUUGGUCAACUUACAUUUUAGACGGUAUGCUGAACUUCUGAAUUCCUGUCUCGCCUGGCUUCGAUACUGAGUACCUUGAGAAGCUCCUGUUGAAUUCGAUGGCAUGGGGCGGUGACGCAUGAUGUCACUGCCGCUCGCCGCGCUGUUGCGGCUGCUGCUUAUUGCUGGUGGCGCUAGCUUCGUGAACCCGUACGCCAACGAGGAGCCCGACCUAACCCAAGUAUGGCUCGAGCUCCCCACCUCCCCCGUCGCCCUGGGCGGCGACGUCCACGUCCGCGUCCACGGCGCCUCCACGCCGCUGCGCCUGCGCCUCGCGCGCGACGACGACGACGGACGACUCCUCCUCGCUGUCAUGCCACUGGCUCUAGACGCUGAAGGACGCAUGACACUCCCUUGUGGAUACUUCUCCAGGGGCGGGACUUACUAUGUCGAGCUGCUGGCGGACAAUUUUGUGAAUGACUAUGAUAACAAUAGUGUUAGUGAUAAAGUGGAAAUUAAUAGUGUUAAAGAUAAAAGAGACGUACAUAAUGACAAUGAAACUGUUACAAAAGAUUUUAAAAAGAAAGUAAAAAGAGAAGAACGUAGAAUAGUAGAAACUGAAGAAGACAAUGAAACAGAUAUAAGAGAUAAUAAGAAAAGAGUAAAGAGAGAAGAAGAAGGUAGGAUAUUAGAAACUGAAGAUGGACUAGUAAAAUCCUGGAGUUUUGAUGUACUCUGGCCGUCGGCAAAGUUAGAUGUGACGCCGGAGCAAAUACAGACGUAUCCGGAAAGACAAGUGACGGCGAUACUGGAGUUUCCGAAGGUGAUGUGUUCUCCGCUGCGGCAGAGUGCGGACUUCUGGCUGGAGCUACUGUAUUGUGGACAUUCUAGUGGUGGAGCGGUGUUGUGUGAUGGGAAGAACACCAGCUCUCAUGCGCACGUUUUGUAUUCUGAACAGAUGCACGGUUUCCCGGGCCGCCGGACAAUGACUCUGCGUUGUGAACUGUUCGGGCAAGCUGGAGACUACGCGUUGACCCUACGGCCAGCGGCCGCUGGGCCUCAAGACCUCGCCACCGCCUUUGUUAAGGCGGACUGGUCAGAGCAGUUUGUGCUGAACGUCCAUGGCGGCAGCGUGUUCCCCUGCGGCGAAGGAGUGAGAGUACUCUUCCAAUACCCGGAAUGUGUCCUGGAAGGAGCGGAUAGAGUACGUGUGUUUGGACGGGACCCGGAGCGGCUGCGAUAUGUGGCUGAGAGGAGAGUUAAAAGGGGUCAGCACACAGUCUCGUUCGACUGUCGCCUGUUCAGCGAGAGAUAUCCAGAGUAUUGCUUCGUGUACGUCUCGCAAGCUGUGACAGGGGCAGUGGCUGAUGUGAGGAUGGACUGCCUACCAACGCUACCAUUAUCUGAUGGUGGAGCCGGCGGUUGGGGCGCCUGGUCAGCUUGGUCAGCCUGCCCUUCACCAGCCCACUGUUCGACCAGAACUAGAAGCCGACACCGCUUCUGCGACUCACCACCUCCUGCUUACGGAGCUAAAUAUUGCGAGGGUCAAGCGGUGGAGCUAGCCGCGUGUGAGUGCGCCUCAAAACCCUGGGCCGGAGACUCUUCCAUGGUAGUGUCUGAAGUCGGCCCUCAAUGCCGCUGUGGCUGCGUGCUUCAUCUAGCCCCGAGUGCAAGACUACUGGCUGGUUCUGCUAAAGCUUGCCCAGGACGAUCCUUCUGGUUACUACAGGCCGAAGAAGGUUUGGUGGUCCGGCUUCGCUUCGAAGCGGUGCGGCUGCCGUGCGCCGGACAAGCCUUGAGGGCUCGCGAUGGUGACUCUCUCGGUUCUCCACUUCUGGCUUCCUGGGAUGGACCAGACAGCUCAGCCUUGGUGGGAGAUGCGGAAACCACGACAGACAGCAGUGGUGCCAUCGAGAUCGCCGGCGGCGGGCACAUCCUGGUCGAACUCCGGUCCGGCGACGCGAAGAACCAGGCUGAUCAGAACUGCGCCGGAGGGUUUCUGGCGCAUGCUUCGCAGAUUGAACCAAUCCGCAACGCAUCAGCAGCAUGGGCAUCGAUCAGCGUGGGCCCGGCGUGGCUCGGCGCCGGCGGCGGCGCCAGAGCUGCAGCAUUGGCGUUAGCUGCUGCUGCUGCUUUAGCAGCACUUGGUUUAGCCCUACAUUCAGCUAGACGGACGACCCCGUAUCAAAGGGCGGCGGAUAAAGAGUCCCUUACGGAUAGCGAUGCAUGUUCAGCAUCUCUAGAACUUGGAGCCGCCACAUCAGGCUCCCGUAGCACGUUACUCUCAGAAGUAGUCGGCGGCAGUGUCUCUCUACGAAGACUGUUGCCUUCGGGAAAAACGAGGCAUACCAGGCUAAGGGACUCGGAUAGAGCUUCGGAGAAAGAGCAAAGACUGGAUGAAGAUGAACCAACAGACACAGAAGAACAAGACAACGCUAGCGAAGGCAGCGGUCACAGCGCAGCCAGCGAAGCCACUAUAACUCCUGAGUCUGCUGCGAGUGCGCCUGCUGGACAAACUAGUAUUACUAGUGCCAUGACACACUCACCGUUGAAGAGGUCUCAGACUAUGGCUGAUACUCCACAGGUCACAUCUCCGCCACUCCCUUCAACGAGUGAGACGACAACAGAAGACUUGAGCACAAGUGUAACAAGUGUGAGCGAGAGGGACUCUUGCAGUGAAAAGGAUAAGGAUAGCUUGCUGGACAGAAGCGCAAGCAGAGCGUCAUCUUCGUCCGCUGCUACUUUGACAAAUGGUUGGUACUCACCAGCACUAAGCGGGGUAUCGGCAGCUCGAAUCAGAGACAACCCUAAACAUAACAAGGAGAGCUGCAACCGCCGGUUACUGAGGUCUGAUCUCAGUUUGACUUCCCAUCCCGAGAUGGAAAUUGAUUAUUAUGACUAUGAAGUUAAUAAUGCAGGUUCAGUUCCUGGCUCGUACUUAGGAAUGGACCCUGCUUUCCUGGUCUGGAUCCCUCCUAUAGAAGAAGGAGACAUCAUCAAAGAGAUAGAUGAAAAUAAGAUUUAUGAGGAAAUUCUUCCAAAGGAGCUCCGCCCAGACCCAGGCAGUAACACAGAAUCCCCUGAAGACCGACCUUCGUGCAGCACUCUGAAAAGAACCGAGCGAGAGAAACCCGACAACAAAUCCAUCAGGUCCAACGAAUCCAUCAAAUCCUCACGAAAAGUCCACGACAGAAGCAACAUCAUCCACCCACUCAACUUCAGCAUCACAGACUUGCAAAACUCCCCAAGACUCCCAAAAAGAACCAGGAAGAAGAAAGAUGACGUCAUUCAAAUGAAAGAGCUCACUUUAACAAGAUCUCCAGUUAAAGUACACAGGAGAGACAAAAGCGACAAUGAUAAUACAUUAAAAAGAGUUCACGAUACCGCGAGAGAAACCAAAGAUUAUGACACUUUAAGAACAAAUACAGAUCUCGAUGAUAUAAAGUUUGCAGAUGAUACUGAUUCGUCAAACGAAAUCAAAUUUGCCGAUGAUUCGCCAGAUAGUAAUAAAUUAGUUGAUAAAUUCAAUGUUAAAGCUUAAGGUGAUUGUUGAGGUUUAAAUAAACUUAAGUUUAAAACCCCGUAGACCAUCAUUAACAUCAUUAAUAAAUGUAGAAUUUCUGUUUCCCUUAAAUAGAUUAAAAAUGCCCGUUUAACUUAAGGACCAAUAUGUGAAUAGAUCAGACAUGACAUAUUUAAUAUUCUCUCAUAUCAUCAAAUCAAAAUUAAAUGUAGCACGAUAUAUAUUUUUCAAAGAUUCCAUAUUAUAGUAGUUCACUAAUGUAAUAGAUGUAGAUAAUAGUGGGGAUAGCAGUUUAUCAUUCAUAUUCAAUGAUUUAGUCAAUAUUUCCAAUAUUCAAUGGAGGUAUUUGUAUUUGUAGGUGUAUUUGCAUUAGUUUCCAAUUUCAGUCCUAAUUUUUUUAAUAAUAAACUUUUUCAUUAGUUUUGUAGCCUUUACCAAAGUCUGUAUCUUUUUUAAUCAAUUCUUUAUCUUCUAGAUCAUCCUUAAAUCUCAUAUCCCCACUGCUAGGAUCACUUAGCAUUUUAUAAUCAACAACUUCAUUAAGAUGUGUAGGUUUAUGUAUAAUGUCACUAUUUCACCAAUCAUAAUCAUCAUUAUCAUUGCAAUUUCUAGUCAGUAUGUAUAUUAUGUAAACACGCUAAAAUUUGUGUGAUAUCAGAUUUCAAACUCAAAGGAGUAUUUCUGCCAAAGAAUAUUCUACUUAAGCGCAAUAUUAUUUCAAAGUGAAUUUAUAACAUCAAUUUCAUAUGGAUAGCUGGCUAAAUGCUUUGCACUUGCUAAUAUCAUGUCAACAUCAUCAUGAUUUAUAAAUAAAUACAUCGUGUUUCCACUGUAAAUAUCCAUUUGAAUGUUUGUAUCAUUAACAUUGCAAUAUUUAUUUGCUUUAUUUAAAACGUAUAGAAGACUGAGGAUUUUGGGCAGUGCAAUAUCGAAUUGCGUUUUUAAAUUAUUAUUUUAUGUCAAUAAUAUUUGUGGCAAAAUGGUGAUCUUAUAAAAUCUAGUCUUGUGUCAAAUUAAAAGCGUUUUAUAUUUUUUUUGUUGAAUAUAUUUAUUUUCUACUGCAUUUAUUAAUUUAAUCAAGUAUUAAGUAGAAAGUUUAAGGGGUAAUGUUAUUUUAUUGUAAAACUGUUAGCAUUACCUUUAGAGUAAGUGGAGGAGUGUUGUUUCAAAUUUAAUUCUGUUCCUUUUUUGAGAAUAAACAGUUUUUAUUUUGUAUUUGAAA